AUGAUAUUUCCAACAGACCCACUUAGAGUCAAUAAAGAUAAGUUAAAUGUGUCAACUGCAUUCGAGGAUUUAUGUUCUCUUACAGGAAUAAAGGCUCUGGUAAUUGAUGCUGAAACAUGGCCUGACGAUGCAAAUGCAAAUUUACAUCUUUUGAAAU